AUGGAAGUCCGCUUCGGUAGUAUUGUGUUCAGCUCUAAGUUCGACUCGGGGAACCUGUCGCGGGUGGAGAGGGUGGACAAAGGUGGCUGCAGUCCGCCCUCAGACACCUCCUCCAGUGGCGGCUCCGUGUCUGCACCAAACCCAACCCCUGAUUAUGAGUUCAACGUGUGGACACAGCCAGACUGUGGCGGGACAGAGCACGAGAAUGGAAACAGAUCCUGGUUUUACUUCAGCGUGCGUGGAGUGUCAUCAGGAAAGUUAUUGAAGAUCAAUGUAAUGAACAUGAAUAAUCAGAGAAAGCUGUACAGCCAGGGCAUGGCUCCGUUUGUCCGGACUGUCCCCGGCAAGAUGCGCUGGGAGAGGGUACGAGACAGGCCCAGUACAGAGAAUGUUGAUAAUCAGUUCAUCCUCUCAUUCACUCAUCGGAUAUUAGAAGUGAAGGGAGCCACUACUUUUUUCUCCUUCUGUUACCCGUUCUCCUACACUGAAUGUCAGGACAUGCUGCAGCUGCUUGAUGACAACUACCCCAAUGCGGCUCAGCUCAAUCCAAGCAGUUCUCCGGAGAGCGUGUACUUCCACCGGGAGCUCCUGUGCCGCUCUCUGGAUGGGAACAGGGUGGAUCUGCUUACAGUGACAAACUGCAGUGGGAUGAUGGACGAGAGGGAGCCGCGCCUGCCCCAUCUGUUCCCAGACACCAAGACCCCCCGAGCGCACCGAUUUACAAACAAAAAGGUGUUUUUCUUGAGCAGCAGAGUGCACCCUGGAGAAACCCCCGCGUCGUUUGUGUUCAAUGGAUUUCUUAAUUUUAUCCUGAGGAGAGACGACCCUCGCGCCCACGUGCUUCGAAACAUGUUUGUGUUCAAGCUCAUCCCACUGCUCAACCCAGACGGAGUGUUUCGAGGGCACUACAGGACUGAUUCCAGGGGCGUAAACCUGAACAGACAGUAUUUAAAUCCAAGCUGGGAGCUGCAUCCUUCCAUUUACGCCGCCAAGUCACUGUUACUCUACCACCACACUCACAACCGCAUUCAAAAACCACAGCCGGCCAAUCGCAACGCCCAGACACGGCCGCAGUCCCCGCCUCCGAGCAACACGCCGGCCAAUCAAGCGCCUCCUCCCCUCACCGACAUGGAGAUCAAUUUGAAUCAACGAAAUGCUGAGAAAGACUCGACUCCUUCACAGCACAUCAAUAUGACGAUGGAGGACACUUCUAUCACCACUACGGACUUAGAAAAUAUCAGCCAAAAACUGUCUAAUCCCACAGAGACGACAGUUGCAGAUAGCCCCGCUGUAGACGCAAAGAAAGAAGAGGUCACACAGGAGUCUAUAGCGUCUCGAGAAGGAGGAGUGGCCUAUUAUGUGGACUUGCAUGGCCACGCCUCCAAACGUGGAUGUUUCAUGUACGGGAAUAACUUGCCGGAUGAAGGCCAGCAGGUGGAGAACAUGCUGUACCCCAGACUGAUCGCUGUGAACUCACCGCACUUCGACUUCCUGGGCUGUAACUUUUCGGAGAAGAACAUGUAUGCACGGGACAAGAGGGACGGGCAGUCUAAAGAGGGCAGCGGCAGAGUGUCUGUCCACAAGGCCAUAGGGCUGCUACACAGUUACACCUUGGAGUGCAACUACAACACAGGAAAAAUGGUGAACAGCAUCCCACCGGCCUGUCAUGACAGCGGGCGCGCCUCUCCACCUCCUCCUCCUUCGUUUCCACCCAAAUACACCCCUGAGAUCUUUGAACAGGUGGGCCGCGCCGUGGCCAUCGCCGCUCUGGACAUGGCGGAGUGUAACCCGUGGCCGCGCCUGGUCCUGUCUGAACACAGCUCUCUGUCGAACCUUCGCGCCUGGAUCCUCAAACACGUCCGCAACACCAAAGGCCUCAACGCCAACAGCAACGCAAACCCCCCGACCAGGACUCACCACAACGGGAACAAGGCCACGCCACCAAAGAGCUUCACCCACUCCCUGUCCUGCUCCUCAUCCGAGAACACGCUGAGUCGAGUUCGGUGCAACAGCCACAGCAGCAGCAGUCAGACCCCGUCACCAAAGAUCCACAGCUCCCCCAGCUUCACGUUCGGCUGCCCCCCUCCCCGCGCCCACGCUCCGCACAACAGCAGCGGCAGAGGAGGCAACAAGACACUGGGGCCGGUGCGAGAUUCCAAAGCACAGGAGAAGAGACGCCCCGCUCACCACCACAGGCCGGUCCUGCGUUCCCCCGGUAACAGCCACGGACCCUCCUCUCCCCCCUCCUCCUCCUCUUCCUCCUCUUCGGCCUGUGCUCCGGCCUCCUGUCCUCUGCCCAGCUCCGUCAGUAUGUCAGGGGUAUUAUUCCAGACGGGAGGCCCCAGUUCUGUGUGUGCGUCCCGGGUGGCCCUCCCCAUGCGCUCUGGACGAGCGGGGAGGGGCUGUCGACCUCUGACCAUCACUCAGACUAAAGACUUGGGGCCUGAGAACAUACUUUCCUCUGCCACAUUUAGCAAGUGUGAAGUGGUGCAGCCACAUCUGAGUCGGAUCCCUGUUAGAAGAACCGAUCAACCCAAUGGAAACAUGGAGGAGGUGUCCGCGCUGCAGGUGUGGAAGCUGUUUCAACCUGGACUGCAGCAGCAACUCUCCCUCACAGGUGUUUCUGGGAAGCAGGCAUCGCUGCAGUCGGCCUCCAAAGGAAGAAUUAGGAAACAUGUUGACAUCAAAAGUCUCCAAUUCAACAAAGGAGAAUCUUUGGCUGAAUUCACACCAAAAGUGGAAGGGACUGCUCUGCUGCCGGAGACGCUCAACUUAAAACAACUGGCGGGUUUCGACAAAUACAAGUACAGCGCAGUGGACACAAACCCGCUGUCUGUUUAUGUUAUGCACCCGUUCUGGAACUUUGUAGUGAAGUUUUUACCCACAUGGCUGGCUCCAAACCUCAUCACCUUCACAGGAUUCAUGCUUCUCGUCCUCAACUUUGUCAUGUUGUCGUACUUUGACUUUGAUUUCACAGCAUCUUCUGCAGGACAUGUGCACGUUCCCAGCUGGGUCUGGGUGGCUGCAGGCAUUUUUAACUUCUUGGCCUACACUCUGGAUGGAGUUGAUGGGAAACAGGCGCGACGCACUAACUCCUCCACACCGCUUGGGGAGCUGUUCGACCACGGCCUGGACAGUUGGACGUGCGUGUUCUUUGUGGCGACAGUCUACUCCAUUUUUGGGCGUGGCGUGAGCGGCGUGAGCGUGGCCACUCUGUACUACAUCCUGUGGGUGGUGCUGUUCUCGUUCAUCCUGUCGCACUGGGAGAAGUACAACACGGGCAUCCUGUUCCUGCCCUGGGGCUACGACAUGAGCCUCGUGACAAUCUCGCUGGUGUAUUUGGUGACUGCGGUGGUUGGCGUGGAAACGUGGUACCAGCCUGUGUUCUUCAACUUCCUGUACAGAGACCUCUUCACCUUCAUGAUUAUCACCUGCUCCUUCACUGUGACUCUGCCCAUGAGUCUGUACAACAUCAUCAAAGGCUACAGGAACAGCACGCUCAAACACAGCAGCAUGUACGAGGCCCUGCUGCCCUUCCUCUCCCCGGUGCUCCUCUUCCUCCUCUCUACAGUCUGGGUGGUCUUUUCCCCCUCCAACGUCCUGGACCUGCAGCCCCGACUCUACUACCUCAUGGUGGGCACGGCCUUCGCCAACGUCACUUGUAAGCUGAUUGUGUGUCAGAUGAGCAACACGCGGUGCCAGCCUCUGAACUGGCUGCUGUUGCCCAUGACGAUGGUGGUGUUGGUGGCGGUGACCGGAGUCUUCGCUGAUGAGACACUGCUGCUGUUUCUGUGGACGGGAGCGGUGAUUGUGGCUCACAUCCACUACGGCGUCUCUGUGGUUGAUCAACUAAGUGCUCACUUCAACAUCUUUGCUUUCUCGCUCAAAAAGCCAAGUAGUGACUGA